GAAUACUUUCAAGCCAAAAUGAAGAUUUCCAUAGCCGUUCUGGUACUUUUUGUGGCCAUCUUCUUCAGUUACCAAACACCUUCAAUGGCAUUGCUCUCCGCAUUUUCGACACCCACUGUCUGCAAAUUGUUUCCCAAUUUGCCGUUUUGCAAUAAUCCUCCAUCCCAGGAUAAUGGAUCAAGUGGAUCAACAGCAUCCACCGAAUCAAGUGCAGGCAGUGGACCUACAACUGCGGAUACUUUAAAACCGAGUAAUGAAACAGUCCCUAAUUGAUUUCCAACCAUGGACUUAUAAAACGUGGCUUUUACUGAAAUUGUGCAAUUUAUCUAUUUGUUUUUAAAUUCUGGUAUGUCAAUUCCUUAAAUAAAUAACCCACGAGCAUUGCAAAAAAUUUGAUUUAUAGUCAUGGAAAUUCAAUUGAA